AUGCUGGUAGGGCCUGUUUUACAGGAGCGAAAAUCUUUACUCCAUUACUUCUUUGGUUCAGGCUCUAAUACAAAGAUUGGUUCCGUAACCAUCAGUGCACUUUUGGAAAGGGAUGGCUUCACUGGUACUUGUCUUUGGAAUAAGACUUCACAGAGUGGUUCUCUUGUUGACGCGGCGCUUGGUCGUAUUGGGAUAAAAGCACUGAUGGAGUCGUUGAAGAUUCCUCUCAAAGUGAGGAAAAUACACUGGGAGAAAAGUACACUCCAAAAGACGUUUGAUGCGGCCAAAAAGAUCGCCAUUUGUUCUAGCGAUGAAAUACUCUGGAUAUCUGAGCACAGUGUCUACUGGCUAAAGGGCUUGUUCCUUGACAGAUAUUUCCAUUAUGAUGAGGUGGUUAUUAACGCAUUCUUCACAAGUUUCUCUGUGGAGUCGUCUGAUGAUAGAAAACUCGUCGUUGUGUUAGAGAAUGCUGCUCAUAUUUACUACGCUGAUGGUCAGAAGCAUACGAUGAGCUUCUCAUAUCAAAUCACAAAUGCAUACCCAUUUGAAGGUGGUUUUGUGAUAGAUCGUUGUCCUGGAUCAGGCUCCUGCUUCUUGGCAGUUACAGAUCCGAUGAGUGACCCUGGUGCCAUUGUUUCGUCAUCAACAUCGUUGAUUGCAUCGACAGAACGCCUACUUCUUUUCCCCCAAAGGUCUGACUCCACAAUAGCUGUCACUCGUGAUAAGUAUGAACAAACAAUUUCACUCUAUCACACAAGAUUCCUCAAUAGAUCCAGCAAGAGCAUUUCCCACAAUCCUGUUGCAUCCAAAAAGCGUGUGCCCUCGCAAUCGUUUAGAAUAUCUUCACAUUCUUCUUCUACUAAUGAUCAAGGCGAAGGAAACUUUGACAAUGGUAUAAUGAUGGAAAAAAGAAGAAAUGUAUCCCAAGCGGAAAAUAUGGCUAUUGAUAGGAUGGCCUCGUAUGAUACAAACAUGAAAACAGCAGAAACCAUGUCGACUACAACGCCUCUUGAUGUCAUGGUGAAGAAGGACGCAAUAUUGUCAAAGCUGGAAACUCUUCAGUUCAAAUCUGAUUCAGAUCAAAUCAAAAUCCAAUCUGUGGUGUUUGAAGACAAAGAGAGUGUUAUAAUCCGUGACCAACUAACUGGAUUCUUUCAAUGUUUCAUCUUUCAUGUAUCAAAGUCUGUUAACCCUUUCCCAAGAUUGGUUAAAACAAUUGACCUUUCAGGCCAGUACGUUGACUUUGGAGUAUGCUCUUCGACACCUGGUAUGUGCAUUUUUUUAUCAAAGUCCAACGAUUUUGUACUAUGCAACCCAGCAUUACAAUUGUCCACUUCGCUUUUUACAACAUCAUUCCAUGUUGAUGAGAUUUGUGAUGCCAAUGGCUCAACGGUGAUUUUGAAAGAUUCGAAUUGCUGUUAUGGUUUAUCAUACCUACCAAUAAACCCCAAGUCUGUUCUUGUCAAGAGAUGUCUAUCAUGCUUGAAAUAUAUCACAAACUCAUAUACGUUCAACUACAUUUGGCUUACAUUCCUCAACGCAUGUUCAAUUGAUUCAGAUGAAUGGUCAGCUUUCGUUCUAACAGUUUUGGUUACUAUAUUACCGUUUGCAGUGAAACCUACUUCAGUUAGCUCUCCGAAUCUUGUAUCUUCUCUCUUGGCUAAGAUAGUGCCGCUUCAAAUGAGAGCUAUUGGAGACGGGUUUGCAUUGUAUGAAAUGGCUCCUAAUAUUGUGACUGCACUUCAUUUGAUACGUGAAGAUCUCAAACUCGACAUUCUUGAGAAUGACUCAGUAGAUAAAUUGGGGUUCUUGCUUGCUCAGCUCUCUCAUUGGAUGUCCUGGCCAUCUACGUGGAAAUGUGCCUACAACGUUGAUGAAUCUUUGUUGGAUAACUCACUCAGGUUUCCAUCACCCCCUCUUCUUGAUGAGCCACCAGAUUUAUUACGCUCGCUGACUUCUUUAUUUGAUUCUCAGAUCGUUCCGUUUUGUACGUUUUCACAGCUUGCACAAGAAGAUGAGGAGGUUGAUGCAACAGUCACCUCUAGAACUUAUGCAGUUCUACGACUAUUCGAGGCUCUUAUAUCAUCCGAAUUUUCUCCUCUGGAUAUUGUGCGUAUGCUUGGUGAAUUGAAAAUAUCCUUGGAAGUUUUAGAAACAUUCCCAAUUGGUAUCGUUAUUCCUUUAAAGGAGGUGACAUCUUACUGUCAAGAACAUUUGGCCUCCAUGGAUCAAUCACCAGGCGUCUUUGGCUUGCUUGAUAGAAAAGAUUUGGAGGUUAUAAGAUCCCAUCAGCACAAACGGAUUCACAAAUACAGUGCUAACUCGCAUAUUCAAGCAAAGGACACCAGCCAGAUUGUAAACACCAUAUGGAAAUCCCCUGAUCACAUAGCUCCUAUUGAACAAGAUCGAUUGGAUAUAACACGUACUAUCUUCAAAAGCGAUAGAAGAUUUUGGGAAAUGACGAAGAUUUUAGAAAGUUCCCAGGUACAACGAGUAACAAGUACUCAAAAUACAGCUGCAUCAGACAAAGAGCUUCUUGAAUAUCAGAAAGAAGUUGCUCAUUAUGCUACUGUGAGGCUUUUGACUCUAUCAAUAGGAAAAUCUAUUGUAUUCUAUUCCAUGAAAAGUCCUCUAACUACAGAAAUUUUUCCAUUCUGGAAGAUGAACUUUGCAACAACCAUUUACCCGGAUGAUAUCACGAUAACUACUGACAAGGACUCUUUAGAUAAAGUGUCUUUGGAGUGGGCAUAUUUUCAUAAUGGGGCAGCUGGUGGAUUGACAGUUUCAAAAGAUGCAAAAGGAAUCACUGGAAGCUGGAUCACAUUCAACAGGAAUAAAUCCCUAACAGCGCAACACGCUGGCUUCCUUUUAGGAUUAGGAUUGAACGGACAUUUGAAGUCGCUAGAGGAGUGGAAUAUCUUUAACUAUUUGGGACCGAAGCAUUCAUAUACAAGUAUUGGUCUUCUUUUAGGUAUGAGUGCCAGUUUAAAGAGAACUAUGGAUACCAAGUUAACAAAGGUUUUAAGUGUUCAUUUAGAUGCACUGCUACCGCAGGGUGCUAGUGAUCUCAUUGUUGGAAGCUCUGUCCAAUCUGCAGGCUUAAUUGGUAUAGGAUUGUUGUACCUCGAAACGCAACAUAGAAGAAUGACUGAGAUUCUUUUAUCUCAAGUUAAUGGGAAGGUUCAUGUUGAGGGCAAGACACUUUCUGAUGAGAGCUAUAGGUUAUCUGCAGGAAUUGCCCUUGGGUAUGUGAACUUGGGUAAGGCCAAUGAACUCAAAAAUCUCAAAGAUACUCGUGUUAUCGACCACCUACUCGAAAUUACAACUUCUUUAAGAGAUGUCCAGAGCUCUGAGGCUUACGAUAAAUCUAUUGGGGGUGCUCUGAUAGCGUUAAUGUUCAUCUAUUUGAAAAGCCAUGAUAAAGAAAUUGUUAAAAAGUUGGCAGUUCCUGAUACUGAACAGGUUCUAGAUUAUGAGAGACCUGAUUUACUUAUCUUACGUGCUUUGGCUACAAACUUAAUCAUGUGGAAUGAUAUUGCAGACACUGAAGAUUGGGUUAAAUCCCAAAUACCUGCUGUGGUUUUGAGCAAACGACGUUCAAGUGUCGAUUUGAUCGAUCAGUCAGAUUACUACUACAUCGUUGCUGGUGUUUGUUUAUCUGUUGGUGUGAAAUACGCAUCCACGUCUAAUUUAAUAGCAAGGGACACAAUCAUCCAUUUCUAUGACGAUAUUACCAAAAAGAUUGAUGAUUUGCAUGGAGAUGAAUCCUUUGAAGCCAUAUUUGCAAGACCUGUUUUGCAGCACGUGCAGGGGUGUCUCGCCAUUGCUAUGUCGUUGGUGAUGUCAGGUACUGGUGAUCUUGACGUUUUUAGAAGACUUAGAAUCGUUCAUGGUAAGCUAAACAAUUUGAGUGGGGCUAUUGCAUAUGGGAAGUUUAUGGCCAUUAACAUGGCUCUUGGAUUUCUCUUUUUGGGUGGUGGUCAAUACGCCAUAAAUACUUUGUCAAACUUCAGCAUUGCGGCAUUGGUCACUUCGAUCUAUCCAAUCUUUCCAAAUACAGAAGGUGGUGUUAACGAGACGCAUUUACAAGCUUUACGCCAUUUCUGGGCCAUGGCAGUGGAUCCAAGGUGUUUGGUGACAAGAGACGUUGAAUCAUUCGAUAUUGUUGAAGCUGAUGUAUGCCUGGAGUUUAAAGAUGGCUCUACUCAAGUGCUUCGCACUCCAAGUAUUUUACCUCCAGUGAAUGAUAUUGCAAAGAUUUCGCUUGAAAGCUUUGAAUAUUUCAACAUUUCUGUUAGCGGUGACGAGUUUUUGCAAAAUCGUGGGCAGCUAUUCCUCUACAAGAGACAAGGUAUUAACGUUAUGAAACACUCUGUUAAGGUUCUCUUAGAUGAAAUCAAUGCCAAGUUUGAACAAAAGGAUAAAACAUCCAGUUAUUUUUACGACUUGGAUUUGUUCAAGGGGUUCAAGAAGGAUGAUAUCCGUGAACUUAUUGGCCGCAAUCAAUGUGAUAUGAAGGUCAACAUCGUUGAUAGACAGAUCGAACUUUCCAAUUUGGUUAAGAACCCAAGGAACAUUGACGAUUUGUGGAAUCUCAAAUUGGUAUUCUCUUAUUACGAUCGUGCUCUACAGGAAAGCGAUACGCAUUAUCUAUCGUUAGAAUUUAUUGAUGAUCUCAGAAAUGUUCUAUGGGGUUUGUAUAACUGA